AUGACCGCGACGCAACAUCAACGCGACCAAGAGGUUUUAGAAGAUGAUAUCAAAAUAUCAUCAGUCCCAGAUGCUGCACUAAUACAACCUCUCGGAUCCGAUGAAAAGGACAACCAAAACGCUGUCUCAACAACCGAACAACCUCUCAACGAUGAUGGCGUCUACUCUGUCUUCACACCCACUCAAAAGAAGUUGAUCGUAUUUACGGCAUCACUAGCUGGCUUCUUCUCUCCACUAAGCGGAUCAAUCUACUACCCGGCUUUGAACACCAUAGCAGAAGACUUGGGUAUUACAGCAACAAAGGUGAACCUUACAGUCACGACAUAUAUGAUUGUGCAAGGCCUGGCUCCCAUGUUGACAGCAGGCUUCAGCGAUGGAGCCGGCAGACGACCAGCCUAUAUCGCUUGCUUCGUCAUCUAUCUGGCCGCAAACUUUGGACUGGCUCUACAAAACAACUACGCCGCAUUGCUAGUGCUUCGGUGUCUGCAGAGCGGUGGUAGCAGUGGUACCAUCGCUUUAGCAAAUGGUGUUGUCGGCGAUAUAGUUACAUCAGCCGAGCGAGGUAGUUAUGUUGCAUUUGCCUCAGUAAGCUCAAUCCUGGGGCCAACUCUGUCGCCCAUCCUAGGAGGCUUGCUCAGCCAGUAUUGGGACUGGCACGGUAUAUUCUGGUUCCUGCUGGCUUUUGGUGGAGUCUUUUUUGUUCCACUAUUCCUGUUCUUUCCAGAGACUUGCAGAGAUGUGGUUGGCGAUGGCUCCAUCCCAGCACCAAAACUCAACUGGAAUCUCACCGACAAGAUCCGACACGAGAAUCGAGCAAAAGCAGGCCUCCACGUUGACGAACAGAAACAAGAGGAUCUGCGUGAGAAAUACCGUCUCAGAUUUCCUAAUCCACUGUCUACGCUUGUCGUUCUCACAGACUUGGAGUCAGCUCUAAUAUUGAUCGCUUCUGGGUUAACCUUGUCUUGCUUCUACGCCGUCAGCACCGGCGCCUCUACAGCCUUCCGCAGUGUCUACGGCUUUGACGACAUGCAAGUCGCCCUAAUGUUCAUCCCUUUUGGCGUCGGCGGCAUCAUCUCAGCCUUUACGACCGGAAAAGCCGUAGAUUGGAACUAUCGCCGGCACGCCAAACUCAAUGGUUUCCCAUUCAUCAAGAACAAGCAACAAGAUAUGACAGAAUUCCCUUUGGAGAAAGCCAGACUGGAGGUUGCAUUGCCUUUGUUCUAUCUAGGUGCAUUGACGAUACUCGGCUAUGGCUGGGUAAUGGAUAAACAUGUCUCUUUGGCUGGCCCAAUUAUACUGCUGUUUAUUAUGGGAUAUGCACUCACGGCAGCCUUUCAAGUCUACAAUAUCUUGAUCGUGGACAUUUAUCCGGGCAAGCCGGCCACAGCGUCAGCAGCAAACAACAUUGUGCGCUGUGAGAUGGGAGCAGCAACCUCAGCUGCCAUUGUACCCAUGGCAAAAGCAAUGGGCAAUGGAUGGGCAUACACACUACUCGCUUUCUUAUUGAUAGCAUAUUCGCCAGCACUGUUGCUGACAAUGAAUUCAGGGGUACGAUGGCGACGAGCAAAGAAGCAAAAACACGAACAGCAAACGACAAAGAUGGCAAAAAAUAAAGUCAUUGAGUCUGAGAAAGUGUAG